AUGGAAUGGUCCGUUCCGACGUUGGAUGAAGUUCAUGGCGCCGUCUCAGCGAUUCACGAGGUUUUCGGUCAGGAGGAGAACGAUGAAGCGGGUCAGGCGAGGAAGUAUACGGGUUUGGUGAACCGGAUUUCGCCGGUCGGGUCGGAUGUGGAUUGGAUUGAACCGUGUUUGGAGAUGCGGUUGGGUGGGUUUGGAGUUGAAAGGGUUUAUGAUGCUUUUCAUUUAUUGCAGACUGACCCUUCAGUUCAGAAAAUGGUUAUGUCGGUAUCAUCAGAUAAAGCGGUUUGGGAAGCAAUAAUGAACAAUGAAGCAGUGCAACAUCUUAGGAACUCAUUCCAUGAAGCAAAAGAUGAAGUUCGCCAAAAUUUAGAGGAAACCUCUCCUGACAAACACUCAGAAAACGAAUCGACGAACAUUGUCAGAUGGAUUUUUGACAACACGAAAACUAGAGUGAUGGAAGUGAUUGAGAGAAUCACAGAGCUGAUGAACCACUUGUUUCAUAGUGGAAAUGAAAAUGAUGAUAAGAAAAGGAGUGGAGAAGGAAUGAAUGUGUUGGAAGAAAAGCUAAGAACUUCAUUCUUAAUCUCCAUUGUUGUGCUGCUUGUGGUGAUGGUGACUCGAGCCCAUAAGACUUCUUCUUCAUAA